CGCGCAGGCGCGGUGGGGCCACGGGCGUCCUCGGCGGCCGGCUGGCAUGGGGCGGUUACGGUGGCAGGUGGCGGCCGCGGCGGCCGUGGGCCUCGCGGUGGCCCUGGAGGCGCUGCCCUCGGUGCUGCGCUGGCUGCAGGCCGGGCGGCGGCGGCGCCGGCGCGAGGUGCUCUUCUUCCCGUCGCAGGUGACCUGCACCGAGGCCUUGCUGCAGGCGCCGGGCGGCGCCGGACCGCCGGGGGCCCCCGCGGGCUGCCCGUGCAGCCUGCCCCACGGCGAGAGCUCGCUGAGCCGCCUGCUGUGCGCCCUGCUGGCCGCCCGCACCAGCCUGGAGCUUUGCCUGUUCGCCUUCUCCAGCCCGCAGCUGGGCCGCGCCGUGCAGCUGCUGCACCAGCGCGGGGUUCGGGUCCGGGUCGUCACCGACUGCGACUACAUGGCCCUCAACGGCUCGCAGAUCGGUCUGCUCCGCAAGGCAGGUAUUCAGGUUCGGCACGACCAGGACCUCGGCUACAUGCAUCACAAGUUCGCAAUAGUGGACAGGAAGGUGCUGAUCACCGGCUCCCUCAACUGGACCACGCAAGCCAUUCAGAACAACAGAGAAAACGUUUUGAUUUUGGAGGAUGAAGAGUAUGUGAGGCUUUUUCUGGAAGAAUUUGAGCGCAUUUGGGAAGAGUUUAACCCUACAAAGUAUACCUUCUUCCCACAAAAGAAGAGAAGCCACUGAAGCUGCGCCGUCGCUGCCGUCCGAGGUGGCGGGGAGAGCUGGCGCGGGCGUUUCGGGACCUCUGGGCGGAACCAGCCGGAGCUGCCUGUGCCCCGGCCGGACGCGGCUGGCCCUCUGAGCCCUCAGGCCCAGAGUCUUGAGGGGCCCUCGGGGUUGGGGAGCCUGCGCCUGACUUCUCGUUGCCUGGAGCGUGGAGCGGCCUGGCGAGGCUGGGCUCCCCCACCGCAAGCCAGUUCAGCUGCAGCUUCUGACAUGUGGCGUCCAUGGACCCUGUCUGGGGCCCGGGUUCAGAGUCGGCUUCUCCUCCUGCCCCACGGAAGAGGCCGGGCCCUGUUUUGGGGCCGAAGAGCCGACUGGGUCUCCUGAUUCUAGAGUCGCCUAUCUGGCCUCCGCCAGGCUGGCCUCGGCGUCCCCAGCGACGCUACUCUUCUCUGCUGCACUGGCUGCUCCCCGCGCAGCAUGGCUGGAGCCUGGGACCGGCGGGACGUUGACAGUCUCUUCGUCGCGCUGUCACUAGCUCUUUGGUGGCUGGUUGGUGGCCUUGAGUCAGAAGAGGGAAAGGAAAGAAGUUAGGAAGGGAGCCGAGAGGGGAGCGCCGGUGGGCGGGAGCAGGCCCCCUUUAAAUGACCCACGAGACGCGCGUGCACCCCCAGCAGCCCCUUGUCCUCUCGGGUGGACGCGCGGGCUGGCGGGAAGGGCGGGAAGCAGCCAGAAGCUGCUUCUGUUUCCAGAAGUUAUGCUUUUAAUUUGAACCUUCUCACCUUCAGGGGAGUUGUGUUGUGCAUUUAGAAGUGACUUUGGCUUUAACAGGAGCGGACUCGGCUGGUCACACUCUUGGCUCAGUGUCAUCAUUGUGAGCCGCCCGUCUCAGCCCAGGGUGCUGCCCUCGCAGGUACUCAGGAGAACAGGGAUCUGACACCUGUGAAGUGUUCCAAGUCUGCUUUGGCAUAAUAUGUAUCUUUAGAUAGAGCUAGCUCAAACAUCAUCUGAGCAGUUGUUCCCGCCUUGUCAUAUUUCCGUAUGUGACAUGCUGUGUGACCCGUCCUGAGGUCCACGUGGCGUGUCUGUGGGUGUCACACUCCUCAUCCCGCCUGGGGAGACCAGUUAGUGUUGCAUGUUUUCCCUUUUUAAAGUUACCUUUGAUUUAUGUUGUUAAGCAAGUAAACUCAAGUUAAUAUUUCUUACUUAAUUGACACUAUAAAGUAUAGUAUGUGGAUUGGAAAUCACAGGAAAUGGUCUGCAGUAAACGUGUUUCAGCACCUGAGCGUGUACCCCAGCAGUGCGUGCUCUGGAAGCGCUCAGGAGCAGCUGCCGUGCGUCUCCGGAACGGCGAGGCUGUGUGGCCUUCUCGUGUGUUUGAAUAAAUGUGUUCUUACUCUGGAA